AUGGAACGCUGUCCCUUCGAACUGUGGGGAAAGAUUGUAGCCUUUGCUUGCACGGAUGGCGGGCACACAGGGUGCUCACUGUCUCUCGUGUCUCGUACAAUGCAUGACGUCGUCAAACCCGUACGCUACCACUCGGUGUCUCUCGUCGGAGAAAGGCAGCUUCACGCAUUCGUAGCUCGGCUUGCUGCACUGAACCUUCCGCCCGUCAUCCACCAUCUCUUCAUAUCAGUCGAGAUGCCCAGGUACAAUACUAUGACGAUUAUGGAAGAGUCUCUUGCACUAGAAGUGCUGGAGACUGCGCAGGCUAAACCUACGAGCAAGACAGAAAUGGAGCUCAUGAUGCGCAACAUUCUCUCCUCUUCCGCGUCCAACCUGUAUAGUCUCGUUAUCCACAACUACUACGACUUCGAUCUCACGGUCAACCUCCCAGACUUUCCCCUUCUCCAUGACAUCACGAUCGGUUACGUUCCCAGCGAUUGUGCAGCAGACGCGCACGCGCGUUUCCCAUCGCUGCGCCGCCUACACUUGCUGUCAAUCUCUCGUAGAAUGCCCGUCUGCUGGCUCAAGUUGAGGGAUUUUGCACCGCACAUCACCCACUUCAGGAUGUCCAGCUUGAGCCUAGACCGGCACAUAUCUCCAUUCCUGCGCAUUUUGCUGGACAUUCCUCCUCCUCUAUGCCCACGGCGUUCACGCGAUGACUGCUUCUCGGGAAAAUACAUCCAUUAUCGUUCAGGAUCAGAGAAGGCGAAACAAGCUGUCAUUGUGGCUUCGCGGCUGUCUACUCUGGAGUACGUCUAUGUGCAGCCGAGAGUAGACUGUCCAAGCGGUCGGCGCGCACCUGGACAUCUCGCGCACAACCAAAUGAUGGAUGGCCUUAAGAGCAUCGCUUCCGCCUCAGCACGUGGCGAAGGCGUCGGGAAAUUCUUCCUCAUGCCUCAACAAGAAUUCUACACCCUCGACGAUUUACAUAAGGAUUGGAUAGAGACAGUCGAAGGCAACGACGGCCCGUGGCCAGGAGGACGAGGAGACUCCUUGUCGGCUGUUGUCCGUGCAAAGUGGCCGGAGGAGCACCCCGCAUAUCACCCUCUGCCCAGUUCCCUGCCUGCCGGCACCCAACGUGUACCUUGGCGUCAGCUAUUCUGAACGGGGCAGCCGUGAGUGUGUUAGACUG